AUGGCUGAAGAUGCCGAGGAUGAUAUUGGGCUAUCGUUGUUAUCAAACAGUAGUAAAAAUUCUCCAGGGCGUCCGGGGCCCCCAGCAAGAACAAUCUCUAAUGGGCUGAGAUCCCCCUCGUCUCCCAAUUUGCUCCCGAUAUCCCCUCGACGACUCACUCGAUCCAAUACUACUCCCCGAAAACACUCGUAUGCUGUCCAUCAGCCGAGUUUGAGUCUUGACGGUCUUUUCAUGGAGCCUGCGAAGAUAGCAAAAUUGCGCCGGUGGAUUUCUGGCAUAGUAAUCGUCGAUUUCGAUUUAGAACUAGGUCCGAAGGUAUCCUGUACUUAUCCCCCGCUGGACCUGUCGCCUUCGGAGGCAGAAAAUAUUGCCUUCUCCUCGUUUCCGGACUCUCCACAAUUUGAUCAGGGUUCACAAGUUCAUUCUUUUAGGAUACGAGUGCAUAGUUCGGCUGAGGAUAAGCUGCUUCGGCCCAGCAGCCAGCGCCCUAUCUCCGAAGAUGGCUACAUAUACGGAUUUUCUCAUUUCACCCAACGGAGGGAUGCUGCCUCUAAACGCGGAUAUCAGCAGCGCUCCGUAGUCAUUCUUACUCAUCUCGCAUACCCCGCAUUUUUUUAUACCCUCCUGAACAAACUCGGACCUGCAUUCUUAUCCCAUGGCGGACCUAUGCUGGAGGCCGCCUGCCAUAAUAUUGCUAACUGGUCAGAUCCUAGCUCCGGCGCAGUCCUCGAGCUGGGUUUCCUUGGCGCAGUCUUUUUUACUGAGCUCCCGCUCAACGCUGACACACAGCAAGCUCUGCAGAAUGCUUCCUCCAGACGGAAAGAUGGAUCUUAUGACCCUCAGUAUCAUAUACUGGCGUCGCUACCUCCUCCGGACCCACCGGUUCUAUGCCUCUUUGAAGCAUGUUUACCUCAAUUGUGGUCAAUAUGGGAGUGUCUUGUGCUGUGUGAGCCUAUCCUUGUGUACGGUCCUUCACCUGCCAUGACAAGUCAAGCCAUUUGGUGGCUGCGAGACAUCCUACGACCAAUUCCUCAAGCUGGUGAUUUUCGGACAUUUUUCACCAUUCACGACGCGGACUGCAGUGCGUUGGUGAAUUCGCGCCCACCAGGUACAGGACUUAUACUUGGAGUCACUAAUCCUGUCUUCGAGCGCUCUUGCAAACAUUGGCCACACGUGCUCAGUCUUGGGCGAUCCCCUCCUGCGAAGGCAGACAUGAGUAUGAUUGCUGGUCCGGCGCCAGGUUGGAAGACGCGCACACAUAGUAGGUAUACCUCAAGGGAUCGCUCCGUGUUGCAGACAUUGCAGGAGGCCUGCACGGGUUCUGAACAAGCUAAGCGAGAGGCUUCUGCCCUUCUCCGACAACAUUUCUCUUCACGAACGGCUGCUUUUCUCGUCCCCUUACAGCGCUACCUCCAGCGACUUAUCCCUCUACCAUCGUCAUCUGCUUCUACCAACUUCCCCUCCACUCCUUAUCCCCGAUCCUCGACUUCGGGCGCGUUUCCCCCUACGCCGCUCCCUAAGUCCUCCAAUUCCGCACUAUUUCCUUCCACUCCGUUUUUAAGAACCUCUGCGUCUACGGUGUUUCCAAAGUCCGCUGUGUCUUUCACGUUCCCGAAGUCUAUAUCGUCAAUCACGGUCUCGACCCCGCUCUCGGUGGCUGAUUCAAAGGACGCCUUAUGGAAAAGCGCGUCCCCUUCUAUACCUGCGGAAAGUUCUGGAUCUAAAGCAAAAGUAGCAUCUGGUCUCGGUAGCGGCUCACGCCCUCCGCGUCUAGACAUUGACUCCUCUGAUGGCUCACAAGAGGAACGUCCUUCCACACCGGACUCGAGUGUAUUGGCGUCUACUCCAUCGGCAACAACCCAGGCAUCGACUCCAACGUCUACGCUCCCGCGGCUCGCGCCCUUCAGUGAGCGCGCGUUUUUGGCGUCGUUGAAGAGUGCGAGUGGACCACUUGCGCUGCCGUUCAAGUCUACGGGAAAAGCGCGUGAUUUUUAUGCAAGAUGGAUCCGCACGCCUGGGUUUGGACUCUGGAUCGCUCGGCAGGAGGAAGCAGUAGACCGUGUACUGGGGAGGACAUAG